GAUGCGAAUAUCUAGCGGGAGUAUGGUGGAUAAAAUUCUUCUUUUGAUCUGGCUUUUAGUUCUCCAAGUAGUCUUGGAGAGCAAAGCGACAAACGUUGCCAGCGAACAAAAUGAGCGCACAGCCCGGGCCCGGAAUCACACAUCCACCAACCAGCCUUCUCUGCAGCAAGAUGGAUCCGGCCGUAAUUUCGAAGAUCCAGAAAAAUCAGUAAUGACAGCUGCCUCGGAACAAGACUUCCUCUCAAGGCAUUAUAAUAUUCAUAGAUUUGAUCCAAACUUUGGAUAUUAUGAUAGACCAAUGUAUCCCAGGUAUCCAUCUCCGCACACGUCCAAGUUUGGGCCUGGCUACAGGAAAGACAAAUAUGGACACGGUUACGGGUACAGUUGCAAGCAAGGAGACGAUUGUGAAGAAGUGCGAGCUGCAAAUCAAGCGCCUGUUCUUCCGCCUCAUCUACCACAUCAUAAUCUGCCCAACCCAUUCGGAGAUCUGUACCCCGACUUCCCAGCUUUCUCAGCUGUCCCACAUCCAGGGAACUACCCACCUGCACCAGGUCGCUUUAACGAUCCACCGCUGCCUCUCAUGUUUUCUAGAUUUUACCCACCUCGAUAUCUUCACGAAGAAGGAACUCACAAAGACUAGAUGCUUCAAUCCCAGAAUCAUUUUUGUUGCAACACUGAAAGUAUUUCAAAUAAAUCUACGAACAGUCAAAAGAAGCAAUCUGGUGAAAUAUAACUGUCAAACGAAUCAGGAGACGGAAUGUUUUAAAAUUUUGGGGAAAAGCACUGACGUAAUAUAUUUAAAGAUAGAAACCAAAUUUUAUAUAAUUGGAAGGAGAGCAAAAAUUCUAUUCUCCUGGGAUAUUAAAAAGCACGAGGGAACGUUAUUAAGGUAAAUUACAAAUUGCCAUGGUUACUUACGUAGUAACGCUACCACCUUGGCGCAUUUUGACGAUUUUUUAAAGAUAAAAAGGUAAAAGUUAAUUGUUGGGUGUAACGAUUUUCGUGGCUUUUUUUAAAUGUAUUCCAAAUUAUCGAUAUCUAUCGUUUAUAAUCACAAGAUGACGCAUGAUCAAAAUUAAACACACUUAAAAAAUUUUAAAUAAAUAUUUUAUUAUUAAAUAAGUAUUAUAUAAAGCAUUAAAAAUAAAACACUGGCAUUUUUUUUUUUUUUUUUUUUUUUUUUUUCCGAAAUUCUUCUCUAAUUUUUAGCGUUGUUCUUCUUUCCCGUGUACACACUUCCCGUGAUCUGUUUCCACUUUAAGAAAAUCGAAAAUUUCACACAUUCAGUAUUGCACACUGGCUGUCUACUAAAUGUUCCCUUUAACCGUUUUGCUGAAAAAUACUGUAUUCCUGCAGAAAGUGUUCCGUAGUUUCUUCCAUUGCUGGCUUAUUCCAUAACGGAUAUUUUAAAAUUGAGUUUAAAGCAAAAAGUAUCCCGAUGUGUCUACAAAAAGCUUUGGAACUCGGAAUAUAGCAAAAUGAACGCAAGCAAACAUGACGACACUGCUUGACCAAAGGAUUGUUAUGAGUAUGGUUCCCAGAGUUUGAUACUUUUUGAAGCAACUUUUAUUAAGGUGGUUGCGAUAAUACGUAAGUACCUUGCCAUGGCAUAUUUCAGAUUACCAAUGAGUGAUUUCCAUGUAUGUUAACAAAUGGAAGAACCAUUUUAGUUCAUGAUAUAAAUCUUGUUAGUUACUAAAUACCAGACUAUGCACAUGCGUGGUCCAGUUUGCUAAUGUCGAUGGAACUCGAUGACUGUAAAAGACAAAAGCAGCGUGUUGUUAUCCCCCUUUCUUGGGGAAAGGGCAAAAGAGCUUCAGAGCAAAAGACAAAAGCAGCGUGUUGUUAUCCCCCUUUCUUGGGGAAAGGGCAAAAGGGCUUCAAUGCAAAAGACAAUCAUAAAGGAAUGUUUCCUAUUUACGGAAAGAAGUAUGUCGUGUAAAGCUGUGCACAAGGUUUAUUGAGAAGUUUUCUCAAACAUGUUCCAAAGCUUCCGAUGAAAAUAUAAGCAGACUACACGUUCACACAGCGGAUAUCUCUGUCGCCGUAAGCUCUUUGCAAAUUCAUAACUGAUGGAUCUAAUUCUUUAGCCGUAGCAUAAAAACAUGAAAUUUUCAUACCCCAUCACCCUAAUGAUUUCAUAAUGAGACGGCAGGUUUAUGUAAAUCGGUGAUUGUCAACACCUUAAACAAAGCCCUUCAUUCAGAAAACUGGAAGUCUCGAUAAGCUCAUCCAGAUGACAUUAGUAAGUUAAGGGAAUUUCAUCCUUAGUCUUAAUUUUUUCCUCUACGGUAAAAGUCAUAGUUUAAAAAAUCUUUAAAAUUAUGAAUCUAUUGACGCUUUUACGAUUCUUUGGAAAACUGUAUUUUUGGUAUAGAAUUAACGCUAGCCAAAUCCUUAAAAGUUUUUAAUAUCCCAAUUUUCAAGAUGUCAAAUUCUCAAAAUAUUUUAGCCGCGAUUACUAUUUAGAAAUCGAUAUGACCCUAUUUCAGGAUAAUAAUGAUACUGAAUUGUAACGAAAUUUCGAAAACAUCCUGUUUCCUGUAUUAAGUAUAAUAACCAGUGCCGUUGAAGUUGUAUCUAAGCAGUGCCUAAUCUAAUUUUAAAGAUGAAGGGGCAUUGUGACAUCAUUUUAUACAUAUUUCACGUGACCUUUUAUCGCAGUUUCAGAUUUUAUGUUGACUCUGAAUGAAAAGGCUGAAAUGGGAAUCGUUCUUACCUAUCCCAUCAAGAGAGAAUGAAAUGACACUAUUUAAAAAGAAAAACUUCAAACGGGAAAGCCUGAAAUGGGGCAUAACCAAUAAAACGGUGGGAUAAGUGUCUAAAUAAAUAUGAAGAUUAUCCUGUUAAAUAAAAAUAGUUUUCAAGUAAUUAUCUCAUUAGAUUAUUUUGUAAUUGCCAUUUGUCACCGUUAUUGACUUCCCUUUGGAGCUCAUUGAAGACUCAGAUGUUAAGCACACGUUUUUAACAGGCACCUGGGCAAAGCCGCAUCGUGUGUGUAAUACGUGGAAAAGCGCAUAAUUUUCUUUGGCAUAGCAACAUAAAACAUAGUUCUUAAAUGAGAAGAAACUCAACUUAUCGAUAUGUAAACGUAUCAAUAUGCAGCAUAGAUCAUUCAAAGCCUAAAUGACACCGACAACAUUAAUCAACCUUUUCGCUUCUUAGCUAUUUUUGCCUUUCAGUCUUAAGCCACGUUAACGUCAUGAUUGUAUUAUUACAUAACUUAUUAAAGAAUAAAACUAAAAAUCAGUCUUGACAAAGCUCAUUCUCAAGGAGAAUAUAAGGUGAAAUUUCACAAAGUUAAAAAUAUAUUGAUCUUACCUCGAAAAUCGUAUUAUGUUUCACACAUUUAAAUCUUAUUUGUUUUUAAAUUUUUAAUGUAUUACUUUCCAUUAAUUAUCUCGGAUGCAAGAUUAGCAAUUGAAUUCCGUUCUGAUUCCUUUGACAAUCAUAAUUUAUUUGGGUUUUGUUAAUCAUUUCAGUUCGAAAAGGCCACUCAUUACAGAGGUAUUUGUCGCAACCCCUCUUUGUAAAUACAGAAAUAAAUGAUUAAUCGGAA